GUAGCAGCCAUGCUAACUCACCAGGAAUGUAGUGACUGCAUAUGGCAGUUACGAUUAAAGUGCUAAUGCACGCUGUAAAGCUUGUAUGCAACACCUUUCUCGUUAAGCCACACUAACCUAACGUUAGCUGUAACAGUUACAUUAGUAGUCUGGGUAUCUUUUCCACGCGGCACGAUUUAAAAACAGCGAUAAUGUCACAGCUGGUUGCUCCUCUAACUUUAGCCACUUGACUUAAAUAGGUUUUCCAGACUGCCAUGUGGUUCAUAGUGAUGUAGCUAAGCUCUGCAUGUGUUUGUGAUAUUUAUGUUGAAGCUACUCACUCUACUGAGUUUAUAUAAGAAGUUAAAACAUCGUUGAAGGGCUGAAGAAAGUGUAAUUCGUUUACGGUUAACAGAUAACAUCUGCCAGCAUUCAGGGCCCUGGUUUGCUAAAGCUACACUUGCCGGGUUAAAGUUAACCGCACGGUAUUUUUAGCAGCCAUGUGCCGCUUAGUACAGGUAACGUAACUUUGGAGAAACUGCGUUGAAGAGGACCAACGUGUGCAACAAUAGGGUCUUUAAUUGCACAUGUUUCGAGUUCGUUUACGUGCAGUUAAAUUGCAGCGCGGAAUUCACGGUUGCACGUUUCAAUCGUUGUACAGUAGUGUUGCGGACCAUGCAUGUGCCUGUAAGGGCGUUACAGACAUGGAUGUACAUAAAGCGAACAGUUGCAGCCCCCUCACGUUGCAUGGAGUGACGUAACCCGGGAAGCACACACGUGCCAGCGCCGAAAUACACGCACACGCUAACUCACAUAUACAGUUUCGAGAGAUAUAGAUAUAUGCUAAUUGCUUUACAGAUUAAAAAUAGAGACUCACUGGGAAAUAUAACAGACAUUGACUAAGAUAGGUAGUAUUUGCACAUCUGUGUCAAUUUUAUGAUUCAGCAUUGUUAAUUAUGCAUCAGUAUUUUCUAAUGAAAAGUUCCAGGAAAAUGGUGCUCACUUCUGAUGUUUUCUACCCCGUCAUGGUCAUCCCUGCAUUUGACCUAUCUUUGCAUUCAUUCAUUCAUUCCCUUCACCUUCUUGCUCCACUCUAUAUACACCCUUUACCCAUCCAUUCAUCCCUCCGUCCAUACUUCAUCUCCAGGCUGUCUUCGUCAGGAGGUUCUUCAGCUGCAGCUGUCGGCUAAAGCCUCGCCGAAAGGAGUUAGAAAUGGGGUGAAGGGAGAGUCCGGUGCCAGCGAUGAUGAUCCGACGUCUGAUAUUCUCAGCCACGGCAGCAGUGCCAGCGAAUGCACUUCUGUGGUGGAAGAGGCCGUAGGAGGGGAGCAGGUGGAUGAGCUGACGGCCCAGGAAGAGACAGAAGACAAACUAAAGCAGUGUAUAGACAACCUGAUGGAUAAGAGCGCUAAGACGCGUCUAGCAGGUCUCGAGUCGUUGCGACAGGCCUUCUCCUCCAGAGUGCUGUACGACUUCCUGACAGAGAGACGCCUCACCAUCAGCGACUGCCUGGAAAGGAGCCUUAAAAAGGGCAGCGUGGAGGAGCAGGUAGCGGCGGCCAUGGUCUUCACCCUGCUCUGUAUCCAGCUGGGGGGUGGAGAUGAGGCAGAGGAGGGCUUCAAGAUGCUUCGCCCCAUCUUCACCGCAAUUCUAAUUGACAACAGUGCCAGCAUAGCAGUCCGCCAGAGUUGUGCCAGAGCUCUGGGGGUGUGCUGCUAUGUCUCUACCUCUGAAGAAGGAGAGGACUUGAUCAAGUCGUUGGCCCUGCUGGAGAGCGUGUUCACGUCGUCCUACCCCAACAGAGAGGGGACGCUGCCCACACCCAAACCCGGCAGUCCAGCCCUACACAACGCCGCCCUGCAGGCCUGGUCACUGCUGGUCACCCUCUGUCCUGCGUCUCGACUGGCUGUGCUGCUUGACCUUCACCUCCCCAAACUGCAGGCGUGUCUGCAGAGCAGUGACGUCAACUACAGGAUAACAGUGGGAGAGACCAUCGCCCUGCUGGUGGAGCUCAGACGAGAUAUAGACGAGGACUUUGAGGUGGAGGACAGUGAAAGUAUGUGUGAAUGUCUGAAGAGUUUAGCCACAGACAGCAAUAAGCAUCGAGCCAAGAACGACCGGCGGAAACAGCGCUCCGUCUUCAGAGACGUGCUACAUUACAUUGAGAGCGAGGACUUCACCGAGGAGAAGAUCAGGUUUGGCGUGGAGAGCGUUUACAUCGACAGCUGGAUGAGGAGACGAAUCUACGAUGCCUUCAAAGAGAUCCUGGAGUCCGGAGUCAGACACCAUCUACAGUUCAACCCACUACUGAGAGACAUCUUUGGCCUCGGCCUGCCCCUCAUCCUGGACGCCACGGUCAAAGCCAACAAGAUCUCUAGAUUUGAGAAGCAUCUUUUCAACUCCGCUGCCUUCAAGGCCAGGACGAAACAGAGGAACAAAGUCCGGGACAAACGGGCCGACGUCAUGUGAGAGAAGGAUGGGGAUGGACCGACUGGAUGGUAUGCAAGGAACUCCUUGAGCUCUAAUGAUGCCUUCAACACUUCAGCUGACAUAAAGACUCAACAAACUCUCAACGGGGCGUUUCACUUGUGCUCCUUAAUUUUAAACUAAUUCUCGAGAUUCAAGAUGGCCAACAUUUAUAUUCUUAGCUCCCACUGUUGAAGGCAAUUUCACUAUUCCUCCUCGCAGACGUUCGCCUUUUUUAACCAUCAAUUUUCCAAUCAUCAUAUUUCACAAAUACUAGGCAAGUUCAUUUGUAUAGCACAUUUCAACAACAAGGCAAUUCAAAGCGCUUCACAUAAAACCAUUAAAAACAUCAAAACACAAGG